UUAUUUUAAUGAUGGCGUUAUUUUAUAAUCCAAGUGACAUUUAUUUGUUGUAAACGCUAGUCGCUAUUGUGUUUAAAGAUUUGGAGAUUCGCAUUAUCGUGCAAAAAUAAGUUUAUUGUGGACAUAUAUAUGUUUUGUGAUAAAAAAUAAACGCGCCAGCAAAAUAACAAAGGAAGAGAUAUUAAAUAAGGAAAAAUGCCGUUCAAGAUUGUGGAGACAGUCGAGAAAGGGAAAUGUUUACUUUUCAUUGUACCCAGUUUAUGGGAAACAAAUGGCAUUUUGAAAUGGCCAAAAAACUGCUUAGAUGUGCGCAAAUUGGUCAUGAAUGAAAAUUGUUUACCUGCAACUGGAUGGUCAGCCUCAAGGUGUCGAGUAAAAAGACACUCAAUACCGUCCUUUUCGGAAGCAGAGAGAGAAUUAGGGCUUAUGCUUGAAAGAAGCGAUACGGAUGACACCGACAGAGAAAUACAAAACAGCAAAGUGCAAUGUCAAAAAGAAUACGUGAACUACAACGCUUUAGCAGAGCAGUUGGUUUUUAAGACACCAACUCAACCAUCCACUUCAUCAGCUUCUUUACAUCCCGAUCUGGACGCUUCAACUGCAGCGGAAUAUAUUGUUCAAUACGUCGUGAAUGAACCAGAUGUAGAAACAAAUUCGGGCAGCAUGGUAACCUUGCCCUUUGAAACUCAAAUUCCUAUUGAAACCCAGCAAAAUAAUGAUGUCAAUCAGACUAUUCAGUAUCUACAAAAAAUUUUGCAAAAUCAGUAUAAUAUGGAACAAAAAAUAAACAUUCUGGAAACUAAUCAAAAAAAAAUAUUUCAUAAAUUGGCAAGCUUAUCGGUACAACUAGAAGAUGGAUUUUCCAAACAGGAUCUGAACAAAAAUGCAGAUGUGGUUUCAUUGGCCGAAUCCAAACUAAGAUUUGAUAGUGAAGCUUUCAUCAUAAAACCUAUUGAUUCUAUUGCAGACCUAGAGAAGAUGGAGUCAUUUCUAUUGGACAAAAAAAAUAAAAUUAAACUUUUAACACAAUAUUCUUUUGUAUGUCCAAAAUCAGAGGGCAAAGGGGCAACAUGCGCCUAUAAAAUACUAGACAUGUUUCUAUCUCGGGAAUUUCUGUGUAAAUGCUCUUGGACAGGGGGGAGCAGGAAGAGCGAGGAGACUAAAUUUGGUUUGAAAAAAUACAAAAACAUCCUUAACUUUUUCUUUGAACUUGUAAGGUCCUGGGAUGGCACUUACACCCUGACUGAUAACGAAAAUUUUUUCAAGUCUGUGUUAAAAAACUCUGGCAAAAGGAAACUGAAUAAAAACGAAAGAGCCUCUACAAAAAGAAUAAGGACAAAAAAAACUGGACCACGACAAGAAAAACAAAACGCCGGAAAUCAAGAGGAAAUACAAAAUGAUAUGGAAACGAACGAAGAAAUCUCUGAAAAUAUAGCAAAUGACGCAGAAUCUAGUGAACGAGAGGAGGAUGAAGAAUCUCUUUGUUAAUAGGUAUUACUACCUAUCUCUUUGUUAAUCUCUUUGUUAAUAGGUAUUACUACCUAUUAACAAAGUGAUUCUUUAGCUAUAACAUCGGUUCAAAAAACGUAGAAUUAAGUUGUUUUAAAAACACGUAAUCUCGUGGCUGUGAUUUUCUUAUAAGACAAAGUAGUAAUUAAACUAUUAUAAAUUAGUAUGUUAUAAGACUGACUGGAAAAAAAGAUUUUGUUAAGCUAACCUAUUUUUUAA